AUGGCGCCACGUCGUGACGAUCGCGGCGCGCCACAGGCACUCCGCCGAAGUGCUCGUAUCGCGGCCAAGGCGCGAUCGAGUGUGUCUGGUCAUGUCCAGGAGCAGUCGACUGAGGACGAAAAACAGGGACCAAAGUCCGUCGGUGGAGAUGUCACACCUACCGUUGAAGUGUCCAACGACGAGGUCGUGAUUGUGGAUCACCAACAGACCGUCAGCAAUGCCACAAGCUCAGGGGAAGACGUAUCGAUGGAGGACGCCGGAUCGGAUGAAGAUGAAGGGGCCGUUGCAGCUGACGAAUCGUUUCAAGACGAAGAUUCUAUUGGAGCCGAAGAAGACGAACAGUCGGCUGAAGUAGAAGAGCUAUCAAAUCAGCCCCAUGAGUCGAAGCGUUGCAGGUUCCUUGAACUCCCUCGCGAGCUGAGGGAUGAAAUCUACGGAUACCUUGUGGGGAAAAAUCGUGACCGCAGAGGUUCUUAUUACGAACGUUUAUAUCGACAUUCGGUGGGUAUGGUCCCCCGUCCGCCACCCAAGUGUCCGCUUCAGCCGCGUAGAGCUUCGUUAGAUGGGUCUACUCGGUUUCUCCGCACCAAUCGCCAGAUCUUCGAGGAAGGCAAGGCUAUCCUAUACUCACAACACUUCUUCGUCAUCCGCAUGAACAUAUUUUGCGAAAACCUCAUGCCCGUUCUUUGGGUUACAGAAUAUUCCAGGAAAUUCCGGAAAAUGAAUCGAGGGUUUUGGGAAUUGUAUAGCAUCAAAAAUUUGGUCAUCAUUAUCAACAACACCGACGACGACGUCAGCGGGAGUGGUGGGAGUAUCAGCGAUGGCAAAUUCUACUACUGCAGUCAGUGGGAUCAGCUACUUUCGAUGAAAAGCUUACGCACGUUAAGGAUUGCAAUUGAGGCACACUCCUAUAGAUGGGAUGAUCAUGGCUAUGCCGAGGACUUUCCUGGUCGCAAUCCACGGAAAAUUCUUUGGUAUCGCCAGAUAAUGCGCAAUCUGGUCGCAGCUAUCCCGAAACAUGUUCAGUCGAUUAAAUUUGGCUUCGACGACUUCGAGGAGGACGACGAUGACUACUACUACAACGACGUUGGCAUGGUUCCUGGCAGCAUACUGAGAGCCACUUAUGAAGAGUUUAAGCACCUUCAGGGCACCGAUGCUGCUGCCAUCUGUCCCGACAAAGACUAG